AGUAGCCGAGCUCAUCGCCUGACAUCAAAAAGUAAACAGACUUGUUUUGAUCUGUCAAAAAGCCACCAGGCACCUGAGCUGGUGAAGUGACUGAAAGGAUCAGUGUCACUGUGUCAAACCGGUGUGGUUGGACGGUUGGUUUCCUGACGAUCACGAGGAUAAGUCAGUGCAGUUGUUUAGUGUCUGGGUUUAAAGAGCAACUCGCUGUUUUUAGAGCGUAACAUAAGCUAACAGGCUAACAACUGUUAGCCUCCUAGCCAAGUUAACGUUAGCUGACGGCUUAGCGGCGUAUGGGCAGCUAGCAGCAGGUCAACUGUAGGAUAAAUAUAUGUCACUUUACAGUCUCACGUCUUUAUAUUAGGUUUGUGUGUUAAGCUGCGGUGUAGAAGUAGCGGUAGCAUAGCUGUGAACGUGACGAUUAAUUGUGAAGGGAGCGUAUGCACCCAGCUUUAGCCGCUAACUGCCCUGAUCCUCCCGUUACCUGUGGUGGGGGUGUCAUGGGUUUCUGAAGAGGAUGAAACAAACUGAGGAUGGUGUCCGCUCCGGAGAGAUAGGGACACGCGAUGAAGCCUGAACUCCAGUGUCUUGCCAUGGCUGAGGAUGGAGAGCUGAGUCCAGUGGGAGGAGGCGCUGGUUCAUCGGGCCGACAGACCUACAGGAGUACAGCCCAUUUCCGCAGCCUGCUGGACGGCCUGCUGGCUCUCAGGCAGGGGGGCAUCCUGUUCGAUGUGGUGCUGCUGGUGGAGGGUCGACCCCUCCAAGCCCACCGUAUCCUGUUGGCAGCCUCCUGCGACUACUUUAGGGGAAUGUUUGCUAGAGGCCUUCGGGAGACGCAGCAAAAGGAGAUAGCAAUUCAUGGAGUCUCCUACAUGGCCAUGAAAAAAAUACUUGACUACAUCUACACCUCAGAGAUUGAGUUAGACCUGGAGAGUGUUCAGGAAGUCCUGAACGCUGCCACACUUGUACAGCUUGAGAAUGUCAUCGGCUUCUGCUGUGAUUUCCUCUUCUCCUGGCUGGAUGAGGGCAACAUUUUAGAGGUGCAUCAUCUCGCCGAUCUGUAUGGACUGCAGCAGCUUAACGACCGGGUCCACUCCUACAUCCUCAGGAACAUUCAGACUCUGUCUCGCACCGACGUGUACCGACAGCUCCCCCAAGACAUAGUGUUCAGAGCACUGAGCAGCGACGAGCUUCAGGUGAACAGUGAAAACGAGGUGUACGAGGCGGCGCUUCACUACCACUACAGCCCCGAGCAGGUGGAAACUGACCAGGUGUACUUGCAGGUCAGUCCCAAGGACAAUCUCAGGAUGGUUGAUGCUGUGCGUUUCUGCCUGAUUGAGAAACAAGUAUUGCAGAGACUGUACGGCAGACUGAACCAGUGUCCGCUGAAGGAUUUCGUUUCAGCCGCCUUGCAUUACCAUGAGCAGGUGAUCUGGCAGCCCGUCCUGCAGACUCCUCUCACCCAGCCGCGGUCCACCUUCCAUUGUAUCCUGGGUUUCGGCGGGAUGUUCACCUCCGGCUCCCUCACAGACAACGAGCACCUGUUUCAGGUGUUCCACCCGAGCUGGGGGGAGUGGAGGGCUCUCACUGCAGCAUCCGCGCCGCGGAUGUCCAACCAGGGCAUCGCUGUGAUCAACAACUUUGUUUAUCUUAUUGGAGGAGACAAGAACACCAGUGGAUUUCGAGCGGAGACCCGCUGCUGGAGAUACGACCCCCGUCACAACACCUGGUGUUCCAUCCAGCCAAUGCAGCAGCAGCACGCUGACCACUGCGUGUGUGUGGUGGGUGAACAUAUCUACGCCAUCGGAGGGCGAGACUACAGUAAUGAACUGGAUUUAGUGGAGCGCUAUGACCCGCACACCAACAAGUGGGAGUUUGUGUCACCUCUAAAAAGAGAGGUGUAUGCGCAUGCUGGAGCAGUGGCAGGCGGAAAGAUUUUUAUCACCUGUGGCCGCAGAGGUGGGGCUUACCUCAAAGAGACGUACUGCUUUGACCCUGAGGCAAAUCACUGGACAGCGUGUGCGGAGGGGCCGGUAGAGCGGGCCUGGCACGGCAUGGCAGCUGUAAACGGACGUGUUUAUGUCAUAGGGGGAAGCAGUGAUGAGCGUGGAUAUCGGCGUGAUGUCCUGAAGGUCGCAUGCUUUGACCCCACUGCCAACUCUUGGUCUUUAAUGACCCCUCUCCCCGCUGGACACGGAGAACCCGGCGUAGCUGUGCUGGACAGUUACAUCUACAUCCUGGGUGGACGCUCUCACGACAAGAGUAACAGGAUGAAAUAUGUUCACGUGUACAACACCACCGCAGACGAGUGGGAGACCGACACAGAGUUUAAGGAGCGUGUCUCGGGCAUGGCAGCCUGCGUGGUGCUCAUGCCCCCUAAUGUGAUCGGCCAGGGCAGGAGCUGGGAGCAGCGCACCAAAGCUUCAUGGGAAGAUGUGGACAUCGACAACUCAGAGGACUCUAGUGAGGACUGAAGCAGCUGUGCUGACCUGAAUGUCUGGCCACUGGAGACUGUUGAUGCACUUUUUAAAACAAAUUCAGCAUGUUGAGUGUGAAGUACUUUGAGGAUGUUGUUGUGGCAGCGGUUAUAACAGCAUCAUGUCCUUUUUGCAUGUUGACCACUUUGAGUGCCUCUGAACCAAAGUGUCAUUCAGGAUCUUUGCACAUGUAUUGUUACAUCUCAGCUACAACGUUAGCCCCUGUUCAGAACUGGUAUUAACAUCUGUCCUGAGAGAUCCGAUCACUGGUGGACAGGUCUAACACCCGGGCCACACUGGGUGCUGAUCUUCUGUGUCUCGCCCGCGUCUCUUGUUUACAGCUCGUGUCUGCUGCAGAGCUGCUACGUGAGGUUUCAUUGAAACUGGUACAGGAAGUGUAGGAGGAAUAUUUAUUUAUUUAGCAUAUUUGAAAGAUAUAGACUUUGAAAAUGUGGUGAAAGAUCAUUUUCACUGUCUAUUUUGCCCAAAAUGAAAACCAAGACGUUUCCGCGAUGCACACGAGCUGCUCACGCACCCAGUGUGGUCGGGCAUUAGUCCAUCUGAGAGAGUGAAGUUAGGAGGGGCUCAGGGAAUCCGCUCUACUGUGGAACAAGAUUUUAUCCAUUUGAAAAAAUAAAUUGAAGUCAUGAUGUGGUGGUCAAUGUUUAUAUCGUGGCCACAAACAAACCAAUGUAUGGUCACUGAGAGGUUCAAUAUGAAUUUAAUUCAUUGUGAACCUGUAGCAGGUCAGAGGAAGUCAGCAGUGUAGGCAGUCCUUCAUAUCUGGCCCAGGAUGCAUUUGGGUGCGCUCACACCUGUACUUACUGCUGACCACUUUAGAUCGGAUCACUCAGCACAGAUGUUAAAGGGAUAGUUCACUAAAAAAUGUAAAUGCACUGAUCAUCUAGUCACCCCUAUGCCGAUGGAGGGCUGGUGAAGUGUUUGAGUCCAAAAAAUACUUCUGGAGUCUCAGAAGUAAACUUUGUA